CAGUUCGCCCCCAAAAGUGCAGCGACUUGCAAGUGAAAAUAAUUUUAAGAAAUAACAAUUUAAAUAAAAAAAAAAUAAAUAGCAUUUUCGAGUAAAAUGGUUGUAUCGGUGAAAGUUUUCAAGAAAGCCACACCCAAUGGCAAAGUCGUUUUCUAUUUGGGUCGUCGCGACUUCAUUGAUCACUUGGAUUAUUGUGAUCCCAUUGACGGCGUCAUUGUUGUCGAUCCCGAUUAUCUGAAAGGUCGUCGCGUUUUCGGUCAACUCGUUACCACCUAUCGUUAUGGCCGCGAAGAGGAUGAAGUUAUGGGUGUCAAAUUUUCCAAGGAGCUCAUGUUAUGCCGUGAGCAAAUUGUACCCAUGACCAAUCCAAAUAUGGAAAUGACUCCAAUGCAAGAAAAAUUAGUACGCAAAUUGGGACAAAAUGCACACCCAUUCACUUUCCAGUUCCCACCAAAUUCGCCAAGCUCCGUCACUUUACAACAGGAAGGCGAUGAUAUGGGUAAGCCAUUGGGCAUUGAGUACAACAUUCGUGCCUAUGUAGCUGAUUCUGAAGAUGACCGUCAACACAAGCGCAGCAUGGUCAGUUUGGUUAUUAAGAAGUUGCAAUAUGCGCCACCAACUCGUGGCCAGCGCUUGCCUAGCUCACUUGUUAGCAAAGGUUUCACUUUCUCCAAUGGUAAAAUCAGUUUGGAAGUUACAUUGGAUCGUGAGAUUUACUAUCAUGGAGAGAAGGUAGCUGUCACUGUGCAAGUGAGUAAUAACUCCAAGAAAGCCGUUAAGAACAUCAAAUGCUAUAUCGUGCAACACACUGAAAUUACAAUGGUCAAUGCUCAAUUCAGCAAGCAUGUAGCACAGUUGGAGACUAAGGAAGGUUGUCCAAUUACACCUGGUGCAAAUCUUACAAAGACAUUCUAUUUAAUACCAUUGGCAUCGAACAAUAAAGAUCGUCAUGGUAUUGCAUUGGAUGGUCACUUAAAGGACGAAGACGUCAAUUUGGCCUCUUCGACUCUAGUACAAGAAGGCAAAUCAACAGGUGACGCAUGUGGUAUUGUCAUUUCGUACUCUGUGCGUAUUAAAUUGAACUGUGGCACUUUGGGUGGUGAGAUGCAAACAGAUGUACCCUUCAAACUAUUGCAACCUGCACCAGGUACCAUUGAGAAGAAACGCUCGAAUGCCAUGAAGAAAAUGAAGUCCAUCGAACAGCAUCGCAAUGUCAAAGGUUAUUAUCAGGAUGAUGAUGAUAACAUUGUAUUUGAAGACUUCGCCAAGAUGCGCAUGAACAAUGUGGACAUGACGGAUUAAGUCAGAACGACCCGUUUAAUAGGAGCUGUGACGGCAUAGUGGAUGCGAAGAACUUUAUUCCUCAUAGCCAAAUGUUUGAUUAGUGAAA